ACGGUGCGUAGACGUGUUCGGGCAGCUUCUCCUUGCAAGCAUUAAAAGCAGCCGGCCUCGCGACCGUGCCGCCCAAUCGACGACGGAUAGCCAAUCGUCCCGGUCAGCGCAGAAUCCAGUGCCCGACGUUGUCGUCGGCGAAGAAGAGGAGAAGCAUCCAAGAGCUGUAGCGAGGGCAGUGUAAGUGAACACACCCAGGACCGCCUUUCCCGCCGCCACCAAAAGCAGUGACUUCUGCCCCAGCUGCCGAAAGCGGGACAACACAUAGAGAGAUGGCCCCCGAACGCCGUGUGCCCAUCCAGAAGUCCGACCUCAGCAUCCUGGACAAUGAGUUCAGCUCGAUCCGGGAGCGUUUCGAGGCCGAGAUGCGCAAGAUGGAGGAGGAGAUGUCGCGCUUCCGCUCCCAGCUCAUGGACCACGAGCGUGACUUCUUCUCCAAGAGCUCUGCGCCGCUCCAGGGAUCGGGCCAGCUGCCGCCAGGCAUGGGUGCGGCCAGCAAGACCUGGCUGGACAGCAUGAACUCGCCGCUCAUUCAGGAUGCCGAGGACGGAACCAAGCAGCUCAAGCUGCGCUUCGAUGUCUCCCAGUACGCACCCGAAGAGAUUGUCGUCAAGACCAUCGACAACAGGCUGCAGGUGCAUGCCAAGCACGAGGAGAAGUCUGAGAACCGGUCAGUGUACCGGGAGUACAACCGAGAAUUCCUUCUGCCCAAGGGAACCAACCCCGAGCACAUCAAGUCACAGCUGUCCAAGGACGGUGUGCUCACAAUAGAGGCCCCGCUGCCGGCCCUGGAGGCAGCCAACAAGGAGCGCAACAUCCCCAUCGACAAGAAGCCAUCGGGAGGCAAGAGCAGUGACACGGAGUCCGAGGAGUGAUGGCCGGCCAGGGCUUCUUUUCAAGGCUCUCGACAUUCUGUCUUCUAUUUCUUUCUUUAUUUCCUCAGCGCACGGUGUUGCUAUUUUUUUUUUUUUUUUUCAGCAAGGGCAGU